AUGAAGAUCAGUCUUGCCUCAGCUUCCAUCCUGCUCACCGCGCUCACUCCAGCUGUUUUGGGACAAGAUAAUAACGACCCGGCUGACGCACUGUUGUAUCUGUGGAAUACCCGUGGAGCUGCCUUUAAAGCUGUAGCAUCGACGGAAUGCAAGACAGAUUUGGACCCUGACUAUUAUUCAUUGACCCAAAUCAAAAUUGGAGGGAAGAAAGGACAACCGCCGCCAGACAUCCAGUGCGACUUCUACACAACCCAGGAAUGCGAUGGUGAACCGUUUACCGCUGUAGCUGGUGUGACCUACGAGUUUGACGAUGAUGAUCCAUUCGUCGUUGGUAGCUACAAGUGUGAACCUGUAGAAUGA